AUGUCAAAAAUUGGCAAAAAAUUUGUGCUCGUGUGUCUAGAUGAAGAUGAAAAUUCGAGAGUUUCGGGAAGAAAACUACGUCGUUAUCUGGUUAGUUAGAUUUAAAAAACAGGUUUGAGAUGUGGUUGAAAUUUCGAAAUUUCAGAACAACAACAAGCUGAGUCAUAUUUUCUCAUCAGACGUGGCCGAACUGAGAGAGUAUUUGGAUAAAAUCGGCAGCAGAGUCUCCAGUUAUUCUGAUUUCGCUCAUGACGGACCAGAAAGUAGCAACAGGGCGACUGAAUUAGCACUCAACCUUCCUUCGAAUCAAGAGAUUCUCGAAAGAUGGGCGGUUUGUGCGAUUUUCAACGUUAUUGAGGCUAUAAAACGCGCUUUGCAGCGCGGAACGAUUUCGGAAGAUUCGGACGAAAUGAAACUGCUGUUUGGUGCCGCGCUGGAACCGAGUGAGGCGACUCUGCAAAUGGAAGAUGACGAUUCGAAUGGAGGAAGUUCUCCGCGUGACGCCGGAAAUGAGACAACUGAUAACAGUGAACAAGUGCCACACGUCGCCUUCCUGUCGAGCGACACUCUCUCGGACGUUCCCAAUUUGUGGCAGGUUAACUCGGCCUCGUCAGAACCCGUCGAGAAUGUGAAAGAGAAAGAAAAAGACGGUGAAGAGUUUUAUCAGCCAUGCGCGGUAGGCAUUAAAAAAAAAACAAAAAACGUAGUCGAGCGUUUUUGCAGCUCUGUUCCCUUCUAGUCGGAGUCGGAAAGAAUCGGAACACGAAGAUAAAGCGACAGGCAAAACACGUUAUCGACGCUCAUCCGAUAAACACUUUUCAAAAUGUCGAAAUCCGACAGCGCUACCAGUGCCUCCGAUGCACCAAGAUUCUCGGUGUGCAGAAAUCGCCAUGUGAACACAUUGCAGACUACCACGCGCACGAGGAGGACCCUACAGAAUUCGUAGAUUUGUGGUGAGAUUCCCGAACGAAUUCACGCCAACUCAUUUCACAAUAUCAGGUCGAAGUUGCAAUUGGAGGGGUUCAAUACGGUUCUCACAAAGUGUUUCGGAAGACAUCUUCCAGUGCCACGCAGUCGGAGACAACGCAAUGGAAACAGUUUGUGGGUCGGCGGGAAGGCAGCCUACCGGAUCAAACAGGGAGACGAAGUAGUGCAAGUAGAGACGCUCGCCGACAAAAUACGUCCGGUGAGUGAAGGGGAAGAGAGGAAAGAGUGAGCGACCGUAUCAGUGACACAAUCUGUUUCGUGGAAACCGGGCAGGCGUGAAAACGAUUAAAAAACAGUGGAAUGACGUUAGUUGGAAGGUGUGUGAUGAUAAAAGAGAGACGAGGCCCGUGGGUCAUUGUCAUCGCGAAACCAGGACGCAAAAACUGACCCGUGUUCGCCGUCGGCGGUGCGGUGGAGCAUGUUUGCUGUAGAGUGGAAGGGACGCAGGGCGCCGGCGGCCAACAAGCGACGAGGGGAAGUCAGAACGGGCGGCAGACGACGGGAAUGAAGGAGACGACGGGAGGCUGCAAACGGAGAUCCGAAUGAUAAGCAAGGCAGUUUUGGGCAGGAAUUUUAUUAGCAAGAGAGAGUUCUUAAGACCGAAAUUCUAAUAUCAUUAUCACAUUCCUUUUAGUCAUCUGACUAGGCAUCUUAUCUUUUUUCCUUGAAAUACACUUCUACGACUCCAGAGUACUAAACCUCUCGCUAUCAGCUGUUUACCACUAGUUCCUAUCUUCUCAACUCUUCACAUGACCUAUAAACGGGAUUUUACCGUUCUGCCCGCUCAGCAUUUUGUGCAAAAUUUCAAAAUUCACAAAGACGUUUUCAAAUUUUCGUUUCGACAAAAAAAAAGUUUGGGGGAAUGUUUGAUUUCUGUCGUUCAAUCGCUGAAAUUUCAUCAGCUUGCAUCAAUCAAUCAUACCUUGGUUGCAGCGUGCAGCCUGACGCAGUGCUAAUCUUCCCAGCAUUGUCUGCCUGAAAAUGCAUUUUCAGGCGGUUCCAGGCAACGAAGAGGAGCAGAGAGCGAAGCCGAAGGAGGAUCCUGCCUGGGACUUUGCUCCGAAAUCGGACAGUGAAGAAGAUUAA